CUCUUUUUUCUUUGCUGUCAUUCUCACAUUUUUAUAUAUUUUAUUAUUGCCGCUUUUUACAUUUCGCAUAUGAGCUACCCGUACAAUGCUGCCUCUGGCAUUACCAAAGAAGAGUACAACAAGAUGUGGUUCAACCUCUGGGAUGUCGGCACGACAAAGUGGGACAAGGGAGACGUAUCGCCCGCACUGCACGAGCUGAUCGAGGAGAAAAAGUGGAAGCUUCCUGAAGGGCAGGGCAUAGUUCCAGGCUGCGGAAGAGGGUAUGACGCGAUGUACCUUGCCUCGCCCUCGUUGCACAUGGUCGGUGCCGAUAUCAGCCCUAUCGCUGUUGAAGCGGCCACCAAGCUGCGCAACGAGAAAAAAAUCCCUGGCAGUCUGGUCGAGUUCAAAACGCUAGACUUUUUCAAAUUCGAUGUGCCUGAUGGCAAGUAUCAGGUUGCGUACGACUACACAUUCUUCUGCGCACUCCACCCGUCUAUGCGGGCCGACUGGGGCGCGCGCUAUGCCGAUAUCAUGGCGCCAGGAGGCCAUCUAAUUGCCCUCAUGUUCCCGCUCGACAAGAGCCCUGAGAGUAGAGAAUGCGGUCCUCCAUUCUUGCUCAGCGAGGCCGAUUAUCAUAGAGUGCUCGACGAUAACUUUGAGCUGAUCCAUAUAGAUCCCGAAUGCAAGACACACGAGGACCGUGUAGGCGUCGAGGUAAUAACAGUCUGGCGCCGCAAGUGACACAGUCCAACCAGGCACAUGGUUUUGCUUUCUCUUUAAUUUGCAAUUGACCAAAAAUAGAACUUGAAACUUUUA